CGGCCGGAGGCGCGGCCUCGUUCGCAAGCCCCCUCGCCCAGCAUAGUCUCUGUCUUUACUGAGUGAGAAGCCAAAAGUACUUUUUGCCUGCCAAAGCCAGAAUAUGUUCAAAAAUCAGUACCAGGGUGGCCCCUUUGUUGAAAUAUUCAGCGCUCAAGGCAAGAACCCAGUAGCAAAAUGGAAGAUUUGUGGCAAUCCAGCAGCUAUACGGAAAGAAUAUGAUAAAGAAAUAAAAGGCUUUGUUUUUGUACUUGAAGGAAGCAGUCAAAUCAACAAAAUGCAGCUACCAAAGGAAACUACACAGACUUUGGGACUGAUUCAACCAUUCCUGACGCUUCAGGUUUUUGUGCCAUCGGGACAAGACUUCUCUACUGUGUUAAUGAUAACUGAUUUAGGAAAUAUUAAGAGAAGAUUGUAUUUAUCAACAGUCCGCAAGGAGGUGUCUGUAACCCCUCUGCAUGCAAAAAUUCCUCUGGUUGCCAUCAAGCGCAAAAUGUGGUGCAAUUUGUGUAUUGACUUGAUAGCAUUCACCAGUGAAAUAUUCAGAGGAGCUGUUUUCCAGUCUUUGGAUGGAAUUGUUGUUUCAGCUAACUGUAAACUGAGAAAGAUCUUCACUUUAAAAUCCAAGCCUCAAGAUACAUCUGAGGAAGAUGGUAUAUGUGUUCCAUUUGUGACAUGUGAGCCCACAGCUGUUAUUCCUCAAACCUGUCAGCUAAAUACUGAUGUGCCACAAGUUACACAGUUGCUGAACUUGACUAAAAUUCCAAAGCCAGAAUUAAAACCCAGGAGAGAUCCAGUAACACUGCAAGAAAUAGAUAGCCCAGUUAAUAGAGGACAAGGCAGCAGUAAAGCUCAGGUUGUAUCACAUAUUGCAUUUGGAUCCAAGAUCCUUGGGACACCUCCAUCUGCAAGCAGAAGAGACAGUGCAAGAGCAUCUGGAAAGGUAACAAAGACCUGGGGUGGCAAAGAUAAUAGAGCCUGCAGGCUUCAGAGGUCAAGAAAGGAAACUGAAUCUGUACAAGACGUUGAGAGAUUGGAGCUAUCGUUCUCACCAUGCAGCGAUUCUUUAGGUGAUGGAGGCAUAAGAAGUGCUCACCAAACAGCUACAGAUGUGUCUCUAAGUGAGGGAUGGAUGUUUCCAGAAAGUUUCAGCAAGAGGAUUCAGAUGGAUAGGAGCGAGCAGUUCGUAGCUACUGAAGGUUCAGCCUGCCGUAAUUUACCUUCACCACAGAAUGCCUCUGUUGAGCAUCACAGCAAUGAAAGAGGUGAUCACCAAGUGAAUAAUAAAGAGGUUUUCACACUUUCACCAAGGCCUCCAUCAGCCCCUCAUGAGAAGUCUCUCCGUAUGUCACCAGAAUCUUGUGUUUUCCCUUUGGAUUUGAAGCAAGACAGUAAUGAAGUAGCUGGAAACACCCAAACUGAAGAUAGAUUUGAAGGAACUGAUGGAAGCAAAGAGGAUGACAACAGUGAAUUCAUCCGUGGUACUGAGAAACUUGAGAUCAGUAGCAGCCAAGAGGGAACAUCUGACUCAGCAGUUUUUAAGGAGAACCCAUUUUGGAGAAUGUCAUGGAGUAAUGAGUCCUGGAAGAAUAAGGAGCACAGGAAGCAUAACCUCGAAGAGACCAUGGCAUCGAUACCACAAAGUUCCACUGUGAGAGAAAUGGAUUUUGUUAACUCUCUGAGCAGCUUAAAGCCUACUCUUUCUCUUUCUCCACCUGGAAGAGAGUCUAAAUUCCCUGAAGGAAUUCCACACAGAGCUGAAAAAACUGAAAGAUGCGCAGAAGUUCCUGGUCAAUUAAAAGGAUCCAUCAGUAAAAAGUCCCCCAAGCAAGUUUCAAGAGAAAAUUCCUGUCUGCCAACAGAGACUUGUGAGUAUGACUGGAAAAAGUACCAGUCAGAUGGACAGAGUUCAGCUGAGCUACAGGUGCUGGCUAGCAUGAAGAGACAGCAAAAGGAAGAAUUACAAGAAACUGAGAUCUCACAUGGGCUGAGCGCUUCACAGACAGAUAGCUGCAACGUUAGCAAUGACACAGCAACCUGGAACUCUUGUUUCUCACCUUGUGUCAGUCAAGAGCAUCACUAUCAGGAAGAAAGGAGCCAGCUUUCUCUUUCCAGCCCAUGGGACUCGUUGAGCGCGUUCAGUCCCCCUAUCAUUUCUGGAAGCCAGCAACUGGAGGAGCACACUAAAUCUUCACCAAGACAGAGUAUUCCAGGUGAAGAUGACCUCAGUGCCGAGGAGGAUGAAGUUUUGACUCUUCUGUACGAUCCAUGUCUGAACUGUUACUUUGAUCCAAGUUCUGGGAAGUACUAUGACUUGGCAUAGCCACAUCAGGAGAGCCUAUCAUUUUGUACUCAGAGCAGAGUGAUCUUUUUGCUGCUUGAUAAAUGUGACUGGGAUGGAUAAUCUCUAUAACUUAAAGCCUAAGUUAAACAACAGUUUGGAAAACAAACACAUUUAUUUUGUAAGUAG